CAGCCCCGCCCCUACCUGUGUAAGCCUAUCCGCCCGCGCCUAGAGGAUAAAAGCGGCCAAGUCACCCGGAGGUCAGCGAAUUCGGCCCCCUGUCCCCCGCCGCUCGGUCCAGCCCGGCCCAGCCAGCAUGUCCAUCCACUUCAGCUCCCAGGUCUUCAGCUCGCGCUCCUCAGCCUUCCCGGGGCGCGGCACCCAGGUGCGCCUGAACUCGGUGCGCCCCGGCGGCUUCGGCGGCAGCAGCAGCAGCCUCUACGGUCUUGGCGCCUCGCGGCCGCGCGUGGCCGCGCGCUCAUCCUCCGGGGGCCCAGUGGGCGCUGGCAUCCGCGAGGUCACCAUCAACCAGAGCCUGCUGACCCCGCUGCAGGUGAACAUCGACCCCUCCAUCCAGCAGGUGCGCCAGGAGGAGCGCGAGCAGAUCAAGACCCUGAACAACAAGUUCGCCUCCUUCAUCGACAAGGUGCAGUUUCUGGAGCAGCAGAACAAACUGCUGGAGACGAAGUGGGCACUGCUACAGGAGCAGAAGUCGACCAAGAGCAGCCGCCUCCUGGGCAUCUUUGAGGCCCAGACUGCUGGCCUGCGCAAGCAGCUCGAGGCCCUGCAGCUGGACGGGGGCCGCCUGGAGGUGGAGCUUCGGAACAUGCAGGACGUCGUGGAAGACUUCAAGAACAAGUACAAAGACGAAAUUGACCGUCGCACGGCUGCUGAGAAUGAGUUUGUAGUGCUGAAGACGGAUGUGGAUGUUGCCUACAUGAACAAGGUGGAGUUGGAGGCCAAGGUGGACACCCUGAAUGAUGAGAUCAACUUCCUCAGGACCCUCUAUGAGGAGGAGUUGGAAGAGCUGCAGUCCAAAGUCUCAGACACAUCUGUGGUCCUGUCCAUGGACAACAGCCGCUCUCUGGACCUGGAUGGCAUCAUCGCCGAGGUCAAGGCCCAGUACGAGGAGAUCGCCAACCGCAGCCGGGCUGAGGCCGAGGCCUGGUACCAGACCAAGUUUGAGACCCUCCAGGCCCAGGCUGGGAAACACGGGGACGACCUCCGGAAUACCCGGAAUGAGAUCGCGGAGCUGAACCGGGCCGUCCAGAGGCUGCAGGCUGAGAUCGACAGCAACAAGAACCAGCGUGCCAAGUUGGAGGCUGCCAUCGCCGAGGCUGAGGAGCGUGGGGAGCUGGCCGUCAAGGAUGCACGGGCCAAGCUGGUGGACCUGGAGGAGGCCCUGCAGAAGGCCAAGCAGGACAUGGCCCGGCAGCUCCGGGAGUACCAGGAGCUCAUGAGCACCAAACUGGCCCUGGACAUCGAGAUCGCUACCUACCGCAAGCUGCUGGAGGGCGAGGAGAGCAGGAUGACCGGAGCUGGAGUGGGAGCCGUGAACAUCUCUGUGGUCGGUUCCACGGGCGGUGCUGGCAGCCGGCUGACCUUCGGGGGAACCAUGGGCAGCGAUGCCCUGAGAUUCUCCAGUGGUGGAGGGCCUGGGGCCCCCAAGGCCUAUUCCAUUAGGACCACCUCCGCCCCCGGCAGGUGCACCCGCAACUGA